AUCAUCCAAUAAAAAAGAAAAAAAAAAGCAUCGCCAUUCAAGAGAACAAUCAUAUGUGAUUAUUGUAACAUCACAAAAUAAAAGCAUAUUUAAAAAUCUAAAAUUAAUUCUACAUAAAAAAAAACAUAAAUACUACAAGGAGUUAAUAAAGAAAUUUAUAGAGAUACAAGCCCAGUACUUUACAAAAGCAAGACUCGCCAUUCGCCUGUGAACGCAACACAGCACAGCGUCGAUUUCCCCACUCGCCAUUUGUGAUCAUGAACUUUGUGCCUAAACAUCUCGCCAGGACUCCUAGAUAUGAUAUAUACGACAAUGAGGAGAGUGAGGCAGCCGACCACUUCAAUACUUUCCUUGGCAGUAGUGGUAUGGAGGCUGAAGUGUCCAUCUCACGAGGACACAAGAAACCAGUCCAUUCCACUCCAUUCUCCACCACACUGCCACCACCAUUCACCCGCCUUUCCUCUAGUGUCGGCUCCUCCUCCUCCUCCGGCUCUAGACGUGGCAGGGGGAGACAGGGGGUUCUAGGACAGCAACACCACUCACUCACCUCCGUCUCCCCCGCCAGCACCACCCCUGCCAGCUUCAGCAACAGCAGCAGAGGCACAGAGCGCUUCAGGACCCCACAGACAGGACUCUCCCCGCGCACUCCAAGCUCAGGGUUCAGCCGCACCAGCUCAGGCCCCAGCAGGACGCCAGGAUCUUGUAGGAGUAGCAGCAGAAGGACUCCCAGCUCGGUGUGUAGUAGCAGGACGCCAGGGUCAGUGUGCAGCAACAGUAGGACGCCUCUCGUGCAGCAGGACCUCCCGCCCUCCACUAUUGUUGGCGUGGUAGAGGGGCGAGGGCAGGCGCAGGGGGAGGUGGGCGUGGCGGCGGUGGACCUGCGGCGCCCACACCUCACCCUGGCGCAAUUCUCGGACACUCACACGUACACCCACACCCUCACCAAGCUAGGCCUUCUCAACCCUCUGGAGGUGGUGGUGGCGACAACAGCAGCGCGGCCGGAGAGCGAGGUGGGGGCCGGGGGACGGGGCAGCAGGGGUCUUCUGAGGAUGGUGCAGGAGUGUCUUCCGGACGUGUCAGUCACCGCCAUUCACCGCAAGUACUUCAACGACGCCCGCGGUCUGGCCACCAUCAGGCACCUGGCGGCCCCGCACUGCGCCUUCGUGGAGCGGCAGGUGGCCAACAGGUACUACAGCUUGGCAGCGGCGGCGGCAGUAAUGAAGUACGUGGAGCAUGUGCAGCACGUGACCUACGCCCCGCACAGCCUGCACGUGGAGCUCACUUCCUCCGAGGACACCAUGACCCUGGACUUCUGGUCGUGGCGUGCCCUGGAGGUGGUGAGGAGCCUACAGGGGGACUGGCAGGACUCCCUCUUCGGCGCCCUGAGACACACACGCACUCCUGCAGGCACGAGGAAGCUCCGGGCGACGCUGUUGCAGCCCUUCUCAGACCCCCGCACCAUCAACGUUCGUCUGGACAGCCUGCAGUACCUCGCCCAGCACCCAGACCUCUUCCACACCCUCCAGUCCAUCCUGGGGCGCUUCCCGGACAUCGACUGGCUGCUCUCCAUGUGUGUCCAGAUGCCCAAGGAGGACACGGAGCAGCGGAGUGAGCAGCGUCUUAACUAUAUCAUAGGCCUCAAGAACACACUAGAGCUCUUGGAACCUCUCCGCCUGGCAUUGGUAGAUGUGGACGACCCCUUUCUUGUCUCCAUUCGUGAGACACUGGGGCGGGAAGAGCUGCAGGCGCUGCUGGAGGUGUUGCGGGGAGUGCUUCACGAGGACGCCAGGCUGGUUAAGGGCGCGGCAGCCAUGAGGACCCUCCGCUGCUACGCCAUCAGGAGUGGCGUGAACGGUCUGCUGGAUGUGGCCCGCAAGAUUUAUUCCGAGAUCAUUGACGAUAUUACUGAGAGUGUGACGGCAGUAGGGAAGCAGCACAACCUUCCUGUCCGUGUGGGUCACAAUGCAGCUCUCGGCUUCCACAUUACCAUCCCGGUGCCCAAGAGAAGCAGGCCCCCGACUCUCCCGCCUACGUUCAUUAAGGUACAGCGCGGGCGGGGCCACCUCACCUGUACUACUGAGCUCGUGUACCAGUUGGACCAGCGCGCCAGGGACACCGUCAGGGAGAUUCUUGUCAUGAGCAACGUCAUCGUGCAGGAGGUGCUAGGAGAGGCGCGGGGGAAGAUCGGAGUCCUGCAUGACCUAGGGGAAGCCGUGGCCACGCUAGACCUGGUGGUGGCGCUGGCUCAUGUGGCUUCCCUUGGUGCGUGGGUGCGUCCUGAGUUUUCCCCCACGCUGGCGAUACGCGAGGGGCGGCAUCCUAUCCUGGACCUCCUCUCCCCCUCGCCCCCCGUCCCUAAUAAUUCGUUCCUGAGUCCCGGCAGCCUCCUGAUGGUGGUGACGGGUCCCAACAUGAGCGGGAAGAGCACUUACCUGCGCCAGAUUGCUCUCAUUCAGGUACUCGCCCAGAUCGGGAGCUUCGUGCCUGCGGAGAUAGCGUCCCUGCGUCCGGUGAAGAAAGUGUUCACCCACCUCAGCUCCGAGGACCAUCCGGAGGGCAACGAGUCCACCUUCCAAGUGCAGAUGAACGAGGUGGCUCACAUGAUGGUGGGCACGGACGAGAGAGGGAGAAGAGCAGGGGGAGGAUCAGGCAGGGAAUCAGCUGGAGCAGGAUCUGAUUCCCUUGUAUUGUUGGACGAACUGGGCUCCGGAACGUCACUGGAGGAGGGCGGGGCCUUGGCAUGGGCGGUGGUGGAGGCGCUGAGCCAUGUCGGUGCUACAACUAUCCUGGUGACACACACGCUCUUCCUCACGCGCCUGGCUGCUCUCUACCCCAAUGUGACCAACUAUCAUCUGGAGAGCUUGGAGGGGCAGGAAGGGCGGCUACACCUUACCCACGUGGUGAAGAAAGGCGUGACUCGCACCACACACUACGGCCUGUCUCUUGCCGCCCUCACGCCCUUCCCACAGCCACUCCUGCAGCGCGCCCAGCAGCUUGCACGCUCCAUGGCCCCGCCCACUCAGAUGAGCGUGGUCGAUGACAAGGAGGAGGAGGCGGAGGAAGGGCGCCACGCUGUGUACCGCCUGGCUCACCGCCUCAUGGCCUUGGCGAGCACCCUGCCUAACCUCGCCAACAUUUCCAGUGCAUCCAGACCCCCCUUGGACACAUCACACUCAGACACACUCGAGGCCUCACGUGUGGCAUCAUCCUCGUCCUUCCACAUAUCAGGACGUAUUGAGGCCGCAGGAACCAAAACGCCCUCUGAUGUAUCCGGCCAAGGCUCCUGUGAUGGGGUAAGAUCGUUACAGAAGACAAAUCAUGGUGUACCAAAUGCUCCACUGGUGCCUUACAAUCUAUCACCCAACACUAACGCCUCUACUGAUACUAUACCAGCCUCUGCUACCAAUGGAGGAGACACCAAUCACUCCAUCCAGGGCCGAGGGAAUACAGUCAAUGCGGGGACGAGUCUGGAGACCCAAGGGACGGAGGAACUCAGGGAACAACUGGAGGCGCUACGCAAGGAAAUUCCUGGGGCAAGUGUCGGGCAUGGAGGUGCUACAGGGAGAGGCGGGGCAGGCGUGUGGGGAGCCGCGGCCGUGCUGAGGCAAGGUAAAGUGUUAAUGGCCCUUGUACCUCUUGAUUCCUUGAUUUUGUGUCGUUUUUAUCUUGGUAUUGAAAGGAACGAUGCAGCUGACUCACUGACGCGAGGCUUCACGUGCUCUGCUUUGUGUCAGGCUCAGAUUUUUAUCAUGAGUUAUUAGUGAUUGGACAGAUUUUUUAGUGAUAGUGAGUUUUUUCUCGUUAGUCAGAUAGGAAUGGAGCUGAUUCACUGACGCAAGGCUGGAGGUGCUUUCCUUUUUACCAGUAGAGCUGUUAGUGAGUGAGCUGAUUUUUGUAUUGAUAGAUAGUGGUGAUUUCUAAGAUUGAUAUAAUGGAGCUGAUUCACUGACGCAAGGCUGGAGGUGUUUUUUGCGUUGUGCCAAGGUGAGAUUUUUAUCGGAGGAGUUAUUAGUGUCUGAGAGCAUUUUUUUUUAUUGAUAGGCAAUAUCGUUUUUUUAUUUUAUUUAUUUUUCAGUAACUAGAUAAGGAAUGGAACUGAUUGAGAGUUGUAAGGCUAAAGGUGUUUUUUUUUUAAUCGAAAGAGUUAUUAGUGACUGAAAUUUAUUUAUUUUUUUAUUGAUAGACAGUGGCUGUUUUUUUUAUUUUUUUAUGAAUCAAACAAGUAAUGGAGCUGAUUAAGAGACGAUGUUUGGGUGUUUUGUUUCCUAUCAGACUGAAAUCUUUAUCUGAGAAGCUGUUAGUGACUGGACAGAACUUUUUAUUGAUAGCCAGUGACAUUUCUCCAUGAAGCAAAUAAGUAAAGCAGUUGACUCAAGGACGCAAGGCUGGAGGCGCUUCAUGAUGUGUUACACUAAAAAAAAAUGAUCGGUAAAGUUUUGCGGUGAUUCCAGACAUUUUUUUCACCUGUGUGCUUAGUGGCGGAUUUUCAAUGUAAGGAAUAGUGCAGGUAAAUCACAAACACGAGACUUUUGAUGCUUAAUUUCUGUGACAAACUUGGAUGACUUCUAUCACUGAACUUUGUGGCGAUUGCAUUAAACUUAUGGGUAACGCGCCAUGAGUCUCGUGGGAAAAUGCGAUUCGUGAUAAUUAUGCUGCCGUGUUGGCGUGGAGGGCUUGGGGAAGGAUUGUAAGCAGUAUAGCGGCAUCUUGAGGAGCUAAAGAUAUAGAUAGAUAGAUAGCAAAGGUGUAGCGAUUUCAAACGAGGAGGUGUUAUGAGGUAUCUUGUAGGCGUGGAGGGUUUCAUGGAAGGUUUCGUGAUUGGGAGAACCUUAGAGAAGGGCUGGAAGGAGUUUAAUGGCGUCUUGUGGCGCUGAAGAUAUAGAUAACAGAGUUGUAGUGAUGACAAACGAGGAGAGUUAUGAGUUACCGUGAUGGCCUAAGAGAUUUACGUAAAGUUUGGAAGCAAUAUAGAGACGUCUUGAAAGUUAUAGAUAGCAGAGAUGUAGCGAUGACAAACGAGGAGGCUUAUGAAUUACCGUAAUGACAUGAAAGGUUUGAUGAAAGGUUUCGUAGGGUUUUUGAGUUAUCGUGAUGGAUUGAGAGGUUAAGAGUUGGAAGCAGCAUAGAAGUGUCUUGAACGGCUUAAGUUAUAGAUGUCAAAGGUGUAGCGGUGACAAACGAGAACAAGCUGUUUGCAACUGUCUGCGUGAUGCCUGGCGCCGCGCUGCAGACAUCACACGCCACACCAGUCAUCACUCAGGAGCUCCACACUGGCAGGUCACGCACGGCUGUGUUAAUGCCACCUAAGCAAACUACACGAGGAUUCUGAUGUGAAAGAUUACCGAAUGUUAUUUCAGUCUUGAUUAAUUUUUCUGUCGUAACCUUACGUAAUUUUCGUGAAGGGGAGGAAAUGUGUGUGUGUGUGUGUGUGUGUGUGUGUGUGUGUGUGUGUGUGUGUGUGUGUGUGUGUGUGUGUGUGUGUGUGUGUGUGUGUAUUCGUAUGCAUGUUAGUAUAGGAAAGUAACUUCACAGGAACAUCUUGAGGGUGAAAACUUAAAACAUUCACAAAAAACAAACAAAAAAAGAACAAAAAGAACAAAAAAGAACAAAAAAAACAACAACACUUGAGAGAGAAUAUACAACACACAAAUGACCCGGUACCCAGAGACUCGAAACCCCAUAGAGCAACACAAACAAAGGCACGCACACAAACACGCACUCACGCACAUAUACACAGAUAUUGGUUUCGGAGAGCAGCAAUCUGGGCAAAGCUAGGAAUGGAAUAGCAUGGAAUAUCACUUUUUGUACAGCCGCAGGAAAUGUGAGAGGCGGGUAAUAUGAAGCAGAGGGGCUUGGGAGGGCUAGCGAUAUUGGCUGUACAUAAUCAUUUAGUGGCCGUGAUGAGUGGCUCUUGGCUGGCUUCGAGGAGGAUAUAUGAGAGCCAAAGUGGAACAUAAUUAUCUCGCCUCCUCUUCCUUCUCCUCCCGACUUGCCAUAUGACUCCGGAUGGGAAGGAAAUCUGAGGUUUUUCUUUUUUUUGACAGCCAUAUUUCUUGUUUGGCUUUAUAUUUGCUAGGUUGUGGGAUCCUUAUUUCUUUCUGCGACACUGAGAUCUCCAUAGUUACAGUAUAUCUAGUUAAGAUGUUGUGGAAGGAAGAAAAUCUGUCUUACAAGUGUACUUUUUAUUUGGUUUCAUAUUGGCUGUGCUGCUGAGUAAGGCUGGUAUGCUAGAUUAGGUUAUCCAUUGUCGUAUUCAAGUGUUCAGAGGUUAAGGACUGAAAGUAGAGAAGUUGUCCUUUCCUCAACUUCAUUUUCUUGUUUGGUUUUAUUAUUGCUCUACUAUAAAUUAAGUUUGCUUCAGCUUGAUUAAGUUAUCCAUAUUGUUGAGUGGAGUGACUUCAUUAUACUGGGUUAAGUUACUCAUUGAUAUAUCCAAGUGUUGAAAUGUUGAGGACCAAAAGGAAGAAAUGUUUCUUUUCACAGCUCUGUUUCUUGUUUGCAAAGUUCCUUCUGCUAUUUUAAGUUAUCCAUAGUUAUUUGUAUAUUUAAGUGUUAAGAGGACUGAAAGGAAGGAGUCUAGCUUUAUAUAACUUUAUUUCUUGUUUGCUUACGUCUUUGUUGAGGUGUAGAUUAAGUUCGCUCCGCUAGGUUAAGUAAUCCGUAAUUAUUCGUAUGUGUAAGUGUUAAGAGGACUGAAUGGAAGGGAAUCUUAUUUUUUACAACUCUACUUUUUUUUUUUUUUUGUAUGCUGAUUUGUGGAAAAGUUAGUUCUGCUCCCUUAAGUUAUCCAUAGUUAUUCUUAUAUGUAAAUGUUUAGAGGACUGAAAGGAAGGGAAUCGUAUCUUUUUAUAACUAUUUAUUUUUCUUUUUUUCGUUCCAUAUUUGCUGAGCUGUGAUGUUGUUUUAUAUA